GUAUACAGCCCGGACACCUCACCCCCAUCCCGCCCCUUUGCGUCUUCCAAAAAGCAGUCCUGCCUGGCGUCUCAGCACCAAAAUCCUCUCCAUAACUACUUCUAGAGGAAGAGAACCAGGGUCUGCGCCUCCCUGCAAAGGCGAAUUGGGUUGGAGGGUUGGAAACUCACCAGGACUGAAUUUCAUCUGACUCAAGAGGGCAGAGGGGAGAACGAUGUCGGAUGAAGAUGAUCUGGACGACAUUGAGCCUGACCAGGAUGACCUGGAGAAAGAUGAGGAUGACAAGGAGAUGGAGGAGUGGGAUGACUACAGGAAGGAGGGGGAGGAAGUCUCCGAGGAAUGGCAGCCCACACCACUCACGGAGGCCAUGAUGAAGGAAGGGCUGUCUUUACUCUGCAAGACGGGCAAUGGACUGGCUCACGCUUAUGUUAAGCUGGAGGCUAAAGACAGGGACCUUACAGACAUCUACCUGUUGCGCUCCUACAUCCACCUUCGCUAUGUGGAUAUUUCUGAGAAUCACAUUACAGACCUGUCGCCACUCAACUUUCUCACCCACCUACUAUGGCUCAAGGCUGAUGGUAACCAGCUUCGGAGUGCUCGGCUGAACGAACUGCCCUACCUGCAGAUCGCCAGUUUUUCCUACAAUCAGAUUAUGGACACUGAAGGCAUUUUUCAUCCCCGUCUAGGAAGCCUUGACCUCAAAGGGAACCGCAUCCACCAUAUCACGGGGCUGGACCCUGAGAGGUUGGUUAGCCUGCACACCCUGGACCUUCGGGGGAACCAGCUAGAAAGCACACAGGGAAUCAACCUUCCUAAGCUGAAGAGUCUCUUCCUGGCGCAGAACAUGCUGAAGAAGGUAGAGGGCCUGGAGAACCUCAGCAACCUGACCACCUUGCAUCUCCGAGAUAACCAGAUCGAAACUCUGGAUGGCUUCUCCAAGGAGAUGAAGUCACUGCAGUACCUGAACCUGAGGAGUAACAUGAUUAGUGACCUGGGGGAGCUGGCCAAACUGCGGGACCUGCCCAAGCUGCGAGCCUUGGUGAUGUUAGACAACCCGUGUGCAGAUGAGACCGACUACCGCCAGGAGGCCCUGGUGCAGAUGGCACACCUGGAGCGCCUGGACAAGGAGUUCUUUGAGGAUGAGGACCGGGCUGAGGCUGAGGAGAUCCGUCAGAGACUGAAGGAGGAACAGGAACAGGAUCUGGAGGCAGAUCAUGACUUGGAACCACUCACACCACCAGCUUAGCCGCUCCUCCAGCCUACAGGACUGAGCAAACGAGACCGUUGACCCUGGCCUCGAGAACUGAUGAGACUCCAGCGGGAGACCACCACAUUCAUAGCCCUGUGACAGGAAUCAGGGCGUGCUGCCCUUUGUUCCAGAACUGGAAAUCCAUCAUAUCCCAAGGCUCAGGCUCUUUGGUGGUCAUCUUUGUGUGGCUUGUUCUAUGGGCCUAAACUGUGUGGAGUCUAGUUCGAGGACAGCCCACA